AAGUUACGCAAACACAAGGAAGUGCAAAGAACAAAAUACCAACGAGAUUUCCAGGGAAAAACAGAAGAUGUCUGAUUACGUUCGUAUAGCUGGAGCAGUUUUAUUACCUCAUGUUGGAGGGGUUCUUGGUGGACUAGUGACCAAAAACAAUAUCCCUACUUGGUUUGAGCAUUUGAAGUUUCCCACCUGGCGCCCCCCAAACUGGGUGUUUGGACCAAUGUGGACCACACUGUACACAGGAAUGGGCACUGCAUCUUACUUAGUGUGGAGGGAUGGAGGAGGCUUUGGUGGCGAGGCAGCCAUGCCAUUGGCAUUGUACGGAACACAGCUUGCCCUCAACUGGGCCUGGACACCUCUUUUCUUCGGGGCUCAUAAACUUGGUUUGUCACUGAUUGAAAUCGGAUUUCUGUGGGGUGGGAUUGCUGCCACGACCUAUGCCUUCCAUCCCAUCAAUAAAACCGCCUCCUACUUAAUGUUGCCUUAUUUGGCAUGGGUGACCUUUGCUGGGGCCUUGAACUACAGUAUAUGGAAGCUCAACAAAGACAGAAAGGACUAAGCUUGCAUUGCAUGCAGACCAAUAUUGUAUUUAUUAUAUUAGAUUGUGUUGGAACACAAGAUGGUUCAUAUUCACUAAAUGUGUCCGCAUACUCAGUAGACUUUUCAUUGAUGUAUUUCUGUAGUGGAAAUGACAUCUCAGAAUCAAUGAUGGAACAUGCAUUUAUUCCAUAGAACUUUAUAUCUACACUCAAAAGAUAUUAUUUUAUACACACCCAUGUGGGAGCAUUUUCUGAUAAAAGUGAUAUAUGGAUAAAAUAUAGUCAUAAAAAGGACAAGUUUACAUGGAUUAUAUUUUAUGUGUUACUGCUUCAUUAAAGUGAAUCUUUAUUAUUUAUCUUGAUAAUUGAUGCAAACACUGAAUGAAAAUUAAUGUUUUAUGCAGAAAGAGAAUCUUACUCGAUAAAUCAAUCUAAGACCUCACAAUGUAUACAGGUAGUAGUGUUUUGUUUAAUGCAUUUAGUGCUAAAACUGUGAAGCUGUGUAGCAUUUGUCCUGAUAAUUUAUACGAAACAAAUAUUGUAGAUAUUUUAUGCAUUACUCUAAGACUCCACUAUUUACACUGCUAGUCUCUUGUGUAAUGCAUUUAGUGUUGGCUCGAAUCUCAGCAGUGGAAUAUCUACUGCUGUGGAUUCCAAGCAUCAGAGCAACAAAAGGAUUCUGUGCAUCAGACAGAAAACGAAUUAGUAAUUUUCUUUUUGAAAAUAUUUAAAAACUGAAUUUAUGUUUAAUUCUAGCGUUUGUAUAACAUCAAAUGAAUUUAAUUCUUGCCUUUUUUUUUUUUUACCUCUUCUUGACCUCAGGUUUAAAAAGAAGUUUUUUGUUGUAGUGGAUAAAGUUCACAAGUUUACUCAAUGUUUUUGAUGUGAUGCCAUUGCCUUAUUGCCUAGUCUUUAUUUGAUUUCUACUUCCACAUGUACAAUGCUAGAACUCCAUGUAUGUGAACUCACUUAUGCAUAUGAAAACUAAAAAAAAUUAUUGAGUA